UGUCCCAGAAGCCCAUUGUAUACAGCGGAGGAAACCCUGUGCCGUGAUCAGCCAUCUUGAGCCAGGAUAACCUGCAAACCUCCUCUGAACAGCUCAACACAACGCUCUAAAGACCUUAUUCCUGAGCCACAAUGGCCACCGCACCGUACAACUACUCCUACAUUUUCAAAUACAUCAUUAUCGGGGACAUGGGGGUAGGGAAGUCAUGUUUGCUUCAUCAAUUCACAGAAAAGAAAUUCAUGGCAGACUGCCCCCAUACAAUUGGUGUGGAGUUCGGUACAAGGAUAAUCGAGGUGAGCGGCCAGAAGAUCAAGCUGCAGAUUUGGGACACAGCAGGACAAGAGCGCUUCAGGGCCGUCACCCGCUCCUACUACCGCGGAGCUGCAGGAGCGCUGAUGGUAUACGACAUCACCAGGAGAAGCACAUACAACCACCUCAGCAGCUGGCUGACUGAUGCCAGAAACCUCACCAAUCCCAAUACUGUGAUCAUUCUCAUAGGAAACAAAGCAGACCUGGAGGCCCAGAGGGACGUCACGUAUGAGGAAGCUAAGCAGUUCGCUGAGGAAAACGGUCUGUUGUUUCUGGAAGCCAGCGCAAAAACAGGUGAAAACGUUGAGGACGCCUUCCUGGAAGCCGCUAAGAAGAUCUACCAGAACAUCCAAGAUGGCAGCCUGGACCUGAACGCCGCCGAGUCAGGUGUCCAGCACAAGCCCUCGGCCCCUCAGGGCGGCCGGCUAACCAGUGAACCACAGCCCCAGAGGGAAGGCUGCGGCUGCUAAUGACCAAGCAAACCCCCCUCCCCCCCUUCUCCUCCCUUCACUCUGCCUUCCUCUCUCUCCGUCUGUCCCGCCCGCCCUCCCUCCCUCAACCUCCUCCCCCCUCCUCCUCCUCCAUCCAUUCCUCCACCUCCGUACAUCCAUCCACCCUCGUCCCUCACUGCACCAGGAGCUGCAUGAGAAACAGGGCUGCGGAGGGAAGGAACGGGGGACCGAUAUCGACUUGGGCCAGACUGAGCUGGGCUGUGCGGACUAUAUCUCUCCCCUCCUCCUCCUCUUCCUCGUCUCUUGCCUGUCUGUCUCCCUCUGUCGCCGUCUCACUCUUCCUCUUAAAACUCUUGUCAGUGUGUUGUCAGUCCAUACCUCUCCUCUUUUGAUCCUCUUGCACCAUUCAGUGUAGUUCCCUCCUCCGCCCUCGCCCCACCACCACCAUCACCCGUCAUAGUAUUGUAGACGCCACCACACAUUACACGGGUUACUGACACUUUAGAUAGAUGUAACGUUCAUACGAUAAUGAUAAACUGAGACUGUUGUUUUAUGUUUGGUUUUAUAGCUAUAUAUGACAUGUAAAACACUGCGUUAAGUUUCAUUCACCACUGAUCAGUUCUGUAUGAAUCCAGAUCGAAAUCAUAAUCCUCCGGACGCCUGCCCUGCAUGGUUUACCAAUCUGGCGUUUUUAAUGCGGGCGAGAUAUCUCACUCAUGGUUAGUUUUCGUGGGAUCGGACAGUGAAAGCAAUGACGUAGUGUAUCAUGCAGCCACACAGGUUAGAGGCUCCUAAAGUGCGUGUCAGAGAAUGUGUAGCUGAGUGAGCUUGCGUGGCAGGUUUUUAACCUGCUUGUGGCUUUUUAAAAAAAUUCUGUUUCUGUUUCUUGGCACUGAUAUUCUCAGGAGAGAGUGGAGGGUGUGGGGGGGGGGGUUAGGGGAUGAGAAAACCAGGAAUUACCCAUGAAUUCCUUGAGGGUAAUUCCCGUCUCUCCUGAGUUAUCACAGGAAGGAAUUUGGGUGUUUUCCAGCUUGUCUGUGUGUGUGUGUGAAGAAGCUGGAUGGGGGUUUCUUUUUGACUCUGUUAAAAUGACACUUUAACAAAAAAUAAAACAUGGCUUUUUUCUGUUUUUUAA